AUGGUAAAACUUUAAAACAAACCAAAUAGGAAAUCUAAAAAAGCUCUCCAACUCAAAAAACUUUCUGAAUAAGUACCUUAGUAGAAAUAUUAAUAAUAUUAAUAAGAAGAACUAUUGUUAUUUGAAAAUGAUAAUUAAAAUGAAAGUGAAUAAUCUGUCAAAUAAGAGUAAUCGAAUUAAAAAAAAGAAGAAGAAGAUUACGCUGAUCAGCCUUUGGACCAAGAAGGAGAUUUAGCUUAAUGGGCAGAUGAAUUCGAUGAAAAAAUAUAAGUGGAUUUGAGUAAAUAGACAAAAUUGAGAAAACUUAUAAAAAAUGGACAAAAUCUAGUUACAGGAAAGGAAUAUUAAAAAAAAUUAAGAGAAUUUUAUAAAAGCUCCCAAUAAAAUAAUGAAUUCUUAAGUUGGGCCCAAUCUAAAUAGCAAAUUAAAUAAGAAAAAGAUAAAUUUGAUCAAACCUAAUUGAAUGCCAAUUUAAAAGAAUUAUUGUCCUAAAAUAUCUAAAAUCAACCAACCAAAAGUAGUUUGCUUCCAAAUAGAAUUAUCUAGAUUGAAUAAGCAGGAAUUAUUAAAGCGAAAAUAAACACAGUUAUUUAAUCAAUUAGUUUUCAUAAGAAAUUACCAAUAUUUGCAGAAGGAGGGUUUGAUAAGUUGAUUAGGAUUUAUCAAUUCAAUCCAAACAAAUAGAUUCAACUUAUCAAAUCGAUCGGAUUAGAGAAGUUUCCAAUAUGUAAAUUGCAAUUUAUGAAUGAAAACAAUAACAUAAUAGUAGCAUCCCCAUUCAAAACAUAUCUGAUUGAAGUUGACAUCAAUUCUUAAAAGUAUAAGAGAAUAUAGUCUACUUUAUUUGCUAAGCAUUUCAAUUAAUCUGGGAAAUAUAAUAGAUAAAUAGAAUUUACAAUUAGUGAAGAUGACAAAUACAUAGCACUAUUUAAUGAAUCUGGUUACAUACACAUUUUAAGUGGAGAUAGUAAAAUUCUUUUGAAUGAGUUCAAAUAGAAUGAGGCAUGUAAAGCUGUUACAUUUGCUGAUGAAUUUCUAAUAUCAGCAGGUCAGGGUGGUAAGAUCUACUAAUGGUCCUUGUAAAAAUAAUAAAUAUAUAAUGUUUUUCAUAAUCCAGGAGGAUUUGAAGUGAAUUGCUUAGAUUUUAAAUUAGAUCUAUUGGCAGUCGGCAGUAGAACCGGUAUUGUGAAUGUCUUUAAAUUAAAUUCUGCUACAAAGUUAUUCAACAAAGAUCCAAUAAAGGAAAUAUAGAAUUUAACCACAAGUGUAAAUGAAGUUUAAUUUAAUAAAUUUUGUGAAAUCUUAUGCAUAAGCUCGAAAUGGAAAGAUUCAGCUUUAAAAUUAGUUCACGUUGAUACUUUUACAGUAUUUGAAAAUUGGCCAACUGUCACCACAUGUCUGAAAAAAAUCUCAGCAAUAGGAAUAAGUAAUGAUUCCAGAUUCUUGGUGAUAGGAAAUGAGGAUGGAGAACUGAGGGCUUUUCGUUUGCUACAUUAUUGA